GCAUCCCGCUCCGACGCAGGUGAGCUGAAGUGAGCUUCCUUCCUACCAAGACCGUCGUAUUUAUUUAUGUAAUAUCAUUUAUUUAAGAAUUCCAAUUCUCCUCACUUUCAUCAUUUCAACUCUCACAUCAACCCCUAAAUUAGAACAUCACCACCAUGUCUCAACCAGAUCCCAAGCGUGUCAAAACCGAUGACGAUGCUCCCUAUGUGCUCAUCUACUGGCCAGUUAUUCCCGGUCGCGGCGAAUUCGUUCGCCUUGUGCUCGAAGAAGCUGGUGUCCCAUACUCAGACGUUGCACAGAACAUAGAGAAGGGCAUGAACGCAGUCAAGAGUCUUACUUCUACAGACAACGUUGGCGACGAGCACAACCCACCUGCUCUAGCUCCCCCAGCUCUCAAGCACGGCGACCUGCUCAUUUCUCAGACACCCAACAUUCUUCUAUACGUCGCUCCAAGGGUUGGUCUGGCGCCUAGAGAAGGAAACGGCGUGUAUCAUCUCAAUGAGAUUGUUUUGACGAUUCUCGAUGGUCUUGUCAAUGAACUCCAUGAUACUCAUCAUCCUAUCGCCAUUAGUCUCUACUACGAGGACCAGAAGGAGGAGUCCAAGAAAAAGUCCAAGUAUUUCAUCAAGGAGCGCCUCCCCAAGUAUUUCAAAUACAUGCAGCGAGUGCUUGACGCCAAAACCAGUGGUGAGGGGCCAUGGCUAUAUGGCGACAGCUUGACCUAUGCAGACCUCGUCCUUUUCCAGGCUGUUGAUGGCACCAAGUUUGCCUUCCCUAAGUCUACCGAGGCGUUGAAGAAGUCUGGUGAAUACGACGGCGUUUUCAAGUUAUACGACGCUGUUAAGGAGAGGCCUAACAUUAGCAAAUAUCUUCGGAGUGACAGGCGCAAGAAGUACUCGGAGGGAAUCUGGCGACAUUACCCUGAGUUGGAGGAAGAAUAGGCGAAGGUCAAGGGCUUGCAAGUCUCUGACAGAAAAGUUAACCUAUCACCUUCGCGUUGAAGAAGUCCAAAAAUGAAAUGCGUUU